ACUUUCUGAAAUAAUAUUUUAUUAUUUUUCUUUUUUGACAAACGAAUAUUUUAUUAUUUUUCAGAUAAGAGAAAUAUUGUUGAUUUUUAUAUGAUUUAUUGAAUUUUAUUGGUAAUUUGUUAAAAUUGUUAACAGCAUUUUUCGAAGACCACUUUGCAAUGGGAGAAGAAUCAGUCGAUUUUUCCGUUUUUUAUUUUUUUUUUCAAAUGAAACGAACACAACGAUGUUAAACUGAUUCAAUUCAACGCUAUCUUUCUCUCAAAGCCAGAAAAUCUCAUGCUCUGUUCUAUUUUGGCUUCGCUAUGAGUUCAAGCGAUGCGAAUAGACAACGAGGUUCAUCAACAACGGUGGAGUGCAAAUCUCAGUAUAAAGCUCCUUUAUUUUUGGCAUACCAGAGUUUGGGCUUUCUGUUUGGUGACAUCAGCCUAUCCCCUCUAUAUGUCUAUCAAAGUAUAUUUUCUGGAAGACUGAAACAUGUUCAAAAUGAGGAUGCAAUAUUUGGUGCAUUUUCUUUGAUUUUUUGGACUCUCUCUCUUAUUUCUAUGUUCAAGUAUGCUGUUAUCAUGUUGAGUGCAGAUGAUAAUGGUGAAGGGGGAACCGUUGCUUUGUAUUCGCACCUUUGCAGAAAUGCGAAAUUUUGUUUGCUUCCUAAUCAUCAAGCAUCUGAUGAGGAGCUUUCUACAUAUCGCAAACCUGGUUACUCAAAUAGAAAUAUACCAACCUCAUCUUUGAAAAAAUUCAUUGAAAAAAAUAAGAACACUAAAAUUGUUUUGCUUGUUUUUGUUUUACUUGGUGCUUGCAUGGUAAUUUGUGUUGGCGCACUCAUGCCUGCCAUUUCAGUUCUUUCAUCUGUUGAAGGGUUGAAAAUUGAAGCGAAGAUUAAAAACGAAAGUAUUGUGCCUCUUAUUUCUUGUGUUCUACUGGUUGGACUCUUUGUUCUGCAACACCGUGGCGCCCACACGGUUGCCUUCAUGUUUCCUCCCGUAAUCAUCCUAUGGUUGCUAUCUAUUUUCGCGAUUGGCAUUUACAAUGUCAUCAAGUGGAAUCCCAGAAUAUAUCAGGCUCUUUCUCCAUAUUAUAUAUUCAAGUUCUUUUUGGUUACAGGAAAAGAUGGUUGGGUUAAUCUUGGAGGGGUAUUUUUGUGUGUUGCAGGGACUGAAGCUAUGUUUACAGACCUUGGAUACUACAAAAAAGCCCCUGUAAGGGCUGCAUUUUCUUUUGUCAUUUACCCAUGUCUAAUUCUUCAAUACAUGGGGCAGGCUGCUUUUCUAUCACAGAAUUUAUCUGCAGUACCUAUAAGCUUUUAUGCUUCUAUUCCAGAUGUCCUCUUUUGGCCGGUAUUCGUGGUGGCUGCUUUGGCAGCAAUAGUUGCAAGUCAGGCUGUCAUCUCUUCGACAUUCUCAAUUGUUCAACAAUGCCAUGCAUUUGAGUGUUUCCCUCGUGUUAAGGCAGUACAUUCCAGAAGGUGGAUCGAUGGUCAGACGUAUAUACCAGAGAUAAACUGGAUUCUUAUGAUAAUCAGCCUGGCUGUGAUAGUUGGGUUCGGAGACACAAACCAUAUAGGGUAUGCUUAUGGGAUUGCAUGUCUGAUUGUUGCAUUUGUGACCACAUGGUUGACCUCUCUCGUCAUCAACCUUGUAUGGCAUCAAAGUCUUAUAGUUGCUAUUGCAUUUCUCUUAUUCUUUGGUUCGAUAGAGGUUUUCUUCCUAUCGUCCUAUUGCAUGAAAAUCCCAAAAGGUGGAUGGGUUCCAAUUGUGCUCUCUGCAGUCUUCAUGGUUGUUAUGUAUGUGUGGCAUUAUGGUUCUAGAAAGAAGUAUUUUUUUGAUAUGCAUAACAAAGUUUCAAUGAGGGGGAUCCUUACAUUGGGUCCUAGUCUUGGGAUAGUUAGGGUUCCAGGAAUGGGUCUUAUCUAUACCGAAUUGGCUACUGGAGUCCCUGCCAGUUUUACUCAUUUCUUGACAAAUCUGCCAGCUUUCUACCAAGUGGUUGUUUUUGUUUGUGUUAAGACUGUGUCUGUGCCUUCUGUGCCCCAUGCAGAACGUUAUCUCAUUGGCCGAAUUGGUCCAAAAUCCUAUCGAUUGUAUCGGUGCAUUGUUCGAAAUGGCUACAAAGACGUUUAUAGUCACGAAAAUGAUUUUGAAAAUGAACUGGUGAUGAGCAUAGCAGAAUUCAUUCAAUUGGAAGCUGAAGGUUCUGGAAACCUAGAUGGUACUGGGGAUGGCCGUAUGGCGGUUGUUAGGACGUCUGGUAAGUUUGGAACAAGAUUGCGAAUGUCAGAAUCUGCUGGUUUUGAAGGUGACAGUAACAAUCUUCCCGGAGCUUUGACUGUUAGUAGCAGUAAAUCUUCGACAUUGAAGAAGCUGCAGGCCAUGUAUGAGCAGGAAUCACCUGAACUCAACACUAGACGGCGGAUUAGAUUUGAGGUUCUAAAUACAAUAUAUAGAGAUCCACAUGUCAAGGAAGAGCUCAUGGAACUUGUGGAAGCCAAGCGCGCCGGAGCAGCAUAUGUAAUAGGUCAUUCUCAUGUAAAGGCCAAGUGGAACUCUUCAUUUGCGAAGAAGUUUGCUAUAAAUCUCUACUCUUUUCUUCGAAAAAAUUGCCGUUCCCCUGCUGUUGGACUAAACAUUCCCCAGACUUGUCUGAUUAAGGUAGGAAUGAAUUACCAUGUCUAGCAUUAAGAUGCUGACAAAUUUGUAACUGGGGAUGUGAUUUAUGCAAGCCAGAAAAAAUGCCACCUGAGCUUCCAUGACCAGCAAGAUUAUGCUACUUUGGUCAAUUCAACUGAUAUAUGGAUGUCACUCAAGAAUCUCCUCUUGGUAUGUUCAAGAAAGAACUGCAUAUAAUCGCCAAGAUUUUUUUGACUUUGUGAUGGCGUUGACAAGGUAUGUAAAUUACCAAUUUGUUGGAUAAGGAGUUACGAUUGGGGGUCCUGUACCUGUUUAUUUUGUUUGAGCUUCCCAAAUUAAAUUUGAGAGUCACUUCUGUCUUAACGGCUAUGUCUAGUUUUGCUAAAAUAUUUUGCAUGUAAGCAUCUAAUGCUGUCUUUGUACUUGUAUGGAAAUUUCUUUUGGUCGUUUUUGUAAUCGUCCUCAGCCAAACUGGGAAAUGAUCUGUAACCAGAACGGAAAUUAUACAUGAACUAUAGAAGUGUCACAUGUCCCAGCAGCAUCCAUAUGGUGUGGGUUUGAAAAUUUUUUUUGUUUAUUUAUUUUGGCAACUAUUAAAUUAAGUUUGUUUUGCUGAGUAAGUUUA